GAGAGGUCCCGGUCGCAUCUAAUCGGCUUAGGCGCCUGUAGGUUAACAGACUGUCUCCCUCUCAUCCCCGCGUGGGACGGCCCCGCGCCCUGCCCCGACUCUCUGCCGCAGCUGCGCUUCCGAGAGGCGCAUUUUCCCCGAAAGUGCUGUCGGACCAGUUACGCGCAGCCAAGGCGCACUCAGCUCCGCGCGCUGUCGUUUUUUGGGGCGCGCCAAAAGUCCGUGUCACUUUUGCGGGACGUUCAAAACUCGCGAUGGCAGCGACGCCGAGAAGGGGACCGGCGACAUCCACGCGCGUAAUGCGUGAUUUGAGGUCCCCGACUGCGAUGUAACUGGGUUUUUGUGUGUGUGUGUGUGUGUGUGUGUGUGGUUUUUUUUUUGUGUGUUUUGGGCGAGGCAGCCGGUCCCAUGCCUGCGCCCCGCGUGCCUGGCUGCACUCUUCCCCCGAGGACAGUGCCCUAGGCUCGGGGGUUAGAUGGUGCUGAUCACGGACGACAGGGAUGGAGGAGGCGCCUCGUCGGUCCGGGUCAAGCAGCUCCUGCAGCAGCAGCAGCAAAAAGUCGGGGGCAACAUCGCCCAAGUCCACCCGACCAUAGCGGAAGAGCCGCCGGCCAACUGCGACGACGAGGACUACCUGGGCUCGUGCGAGGAGGAGGAGGAGGACGACGAGGAGGAGGAGGACGACAGCAGCGAGGAGGACGAUGGCGAGGUCGAAGAGGUGGACUUCGACGACCUGGACGACAGUCGGAGCAUCGCGUCGGACGACUCCUUCUACCCGCCGGACGACGCGUUCGCGGACUCGGAGCGCAGCCCGUCCCCGCAGAGCCCGCAGCCCCUGUCCCUGUUCCGGGCGUGCUGCUCCAACAACGCGGCCAUCGUCCGGAUAAUGAUCCGGCACGGGGUGAAGGAGGAGCAGGUCCAGGAGACGGACCGGAACGACCGGAUUGGGCUAUUGGUUGCGUGUUACCAGGGUUAUGUGGAUGUUGUCAUAGCGCUGUCUCAGUGCCCGUACCUGGAUGUCAACUGGCAGGACAGUGAGGGAAACACAGCUCUCAUUACUGCUGCUCAGGCAGGCCACAUAACAAUCACCAACUAUUUGCUGAACUACUACUCCGGGCUGGACGUCGAGAGGAGGAACUGCCACGGCUUCACCGCUCUGAUGAAAGCCGCCAUGCAGGGCAGGGUGGAAUGUGUGCGCUCGCUCAUGAUGGCAGGGGCUGCCCUGAAUGCGAGAGACUUUGGACGCCACUUGACUGCCAGGGACUGGGCCUUAUUUACGGGCCGCUAUGAAACUGCCUGGGUGAUGACGCGUCUGAUGGAGCGGCCCUGUCCCCUCCAGUACUGUGACACAUACAGUCUAGAGUGGCCCCCGCUGGCAUCACUGGUGGACAAAGCCCAGGAGCCCCGUGGGUGUCUGAAGCGCCUGUCCGACACCAUACGGAACGUCUUCAGCAUUGGGAACGUCACCAACCCUGAAGAUGAAGGCGUCAUUGACCACAUGGUUUCUAUUACAACGGCGAUGAGGAGCCCUUUCAUCGCCGUGGCGUGCCAUACAGUGUGUCCUGACAGUCCCCCAGGUGUGGGCAAACGCCGUCAUGCAGUUCCCGAGAUCAUCCGCCAUCAGCGCGCCAAGGAGCUCCGCUCCAUCAACCCAGACAGGGUGGACAGCCACCUCAAACUCUUCCAGAACUCCCGGGUCACACUCGUGGCCAGGAACUCAGCAGACCGCCGCGCCAGCCUCCAGACCCAGAUCCUGGUGCCUCGACACAGGAGCUCCAGUCUGGGUAUGGCGGCUUAUAACGAAAUGCUGGAGAUGCGGAGAACCAGCCUCCUGCCCGUGCACAUGGUGCUGAGGAGGAGCAGCGUCAGGCCGGGCUUCAGCAUCCCCAAACUGAGGGUCUCCAAGGCACCCACACCAACUUACGAACCAGAAAAGAUCCGGAGGAAGAGCAGCGGCAAAGAUGGUGGCGGGCACCUGCUGCAGAUCCCAAAGUGGCGGUACAAGGAGCUCAAAGAGGAAAGGAAGAAAGCCGAGGAGGCCGAGAGGAGGAGGCUGGAGGCUGUAACCAAGAGACACCUUGCAGCCGGGAAAAGGAAAUAAUAUCGUUGCCUCAAAGAUUGUGAUGAUGUACAGUAAACCUAACCUUAAUAGAGUUUUAUACUGGACAGGCGAUCAAGUUGAACAGUUUCUCUACAGGCGUUCAAGCUCAGGGCGAGUUGAGAAUUACCAGCAGUGAUCCCAAAAGAGAACAGUUGGCUGCAGGUUGCAUCCUCAAUGGAAUCGCGUUCACGUUGGAAGCACGGACGCAGGUUGGCCUCUUAACACAGGCUUUUACAGUAGAAUCGUAAUGGACAAUGCUCCUUUGUGAUGUCAAACAGUGAAUACCCAGGGGAUUUGAUACAGUACUUGAAAUGUUUUAAGGUAACUUAUUUUUCAUAUUUAUUGCUUUUUAAUGGAAGGUCAAAUCUAUAUUUUGUUACACUUCGGGUGGUAGGCACACCGGUGUUGUUGCAGGGUGUUACACUGUAUUAGAGCAGAAGACACCAUUCAAACACUGUAAACACAAGUCGGAAUUUGUUCAUCUCUCUUCUAAAACAAAUGGAAGCAAUUCAUGAAAGAUGGUAUGGAAUAAUGUCUUUGAAAUAUUCAUGUGAGAAUGUGAACAUGUCACGUUGGCUGAGCAGGCUAAACAUAAGCUUUUAUAGAAUCUAGAAAUGUUUUGUUUUGCCUGAUGAUGACAAAUUAACGUAUUUUACUUACAUAUAUUUUAUAAUAGAGAUUUUGAUGCUUUUUGAUGGCAAACGUUAUUUUUUAAUUCAAUACGAACUUUUUCACCUACCGACUUGGGUUGUGGGUGUUUUUUUUGUCUUAAUAUUCGAGAGCAAGACUGAAAUGUAGAGCACUUAUUGUGAUGUAACAGUUGAAUCUUACCAGGUCGGAAGAAAGUUCACAUUACCACUGGUAAUGUUGUGAGAGAGUAUCGUGCAAAGACGACUCUAAGAUGUGCAAGUUCGGUGUCUGUGAGGCAUGGAUGAUGCGAACGAAAUAAACACGUCUGCACAAACGGUAA